CAGCACAAAGAAUUUCUUGCUAGCAAAAAGAAGAGUAAAACCGUUUACAUUGAAUUAGAUGAUAAAGAAACAAACCAACAAGACUCUACCUCUUCUGUUAAAGAUACAGAACCUGAGACCUUCCAAACAGAUGUAACUUCAGAAAAUAGCUCCUCUAAUAUAGAAGAUCUAAAUUUAGAAAACCCUGUUGUAGAAAAAGAAAAUAUAGAAGCCUCAUUAGUUAGAACUCUUAAUAACAGCAACAAAGAGAAUAUCGCAACUGAGAGUAUACAAGCAGAAACUGCUAUGGAAAUUGAAAACCUUAACUUAUCAAGAACUCUAAUUGUACUUAUUACAAACAACAAUAAGUCACACCUGCAAACUAAAAAUCUUGAAGAAAGAUUCCCUACA